AUGUCAGAACUGCACCAGCCAGCAGUGCCAUCAGCUUCUGCUGCUGAUCCAUUGCCACCACCAUCAUCACUACAUCUGGGUCCAAGAACAGAAACACCGGCCACACCUACUCCAGCAACAACCAGAUCCACACCAACAAAUGCUGCAGCUCCGGCGCGACGCUUUGCGGCGCGGCGUAGACGCCAGUGUUUCGCGCACGGCGGCGUUUGGCGAUGCGUGGGCAUCCGGCGCCGCGAUUGGUCGGCGACGGGCCAAUGGGCUAGCGCGGCGCCGCGGCGGGAAGGGGGCCUGGCGCGCUUUAAUGUGCAGGCGCGCCGCGCGCGGCUGCAGGUGUUGGCCGCUUGUCAGCCGGACAACAGAAGCCCAGGGCGGACGAGUCGCGUUCCCAGCGCACUGCCGCGAGCGAGCGAGCGCCCCGACGCACAGGUGGAGGCGGUGCGCGACGUCUUCAGCCGCGUGCUGCGCCUCCGGCCCCCGGCGCCGACCCCCGACGCCGUCGCCGCCCCCACGCAGCCGCCCCCGAGGCACAUGCUCGAGCUGUACCGCAAGUACGCCGCCGGCGCCGCGCGCCGUCCUCACCACGGCAACACGGUGCGCAGCAUCCUCCCCGAUCCAGAGCUGUCGUCUCUGGACUCGAUGCUGGUGUUCAACGUGUCGCUGGUGGCGGCGGCGUUUUCUGCGGGCGGCGAGGAAGUGCGGGCGGCGCAGCUGCUAUUGCACGGCGGCCGCUGCUGGCCGGCAGAGCAGGGCAACCACAACCACCACCAGCACCACCACCACAACCACCACCGCGAGCACCAACACGGCCAGCCCGCACUGCCGCCGCUUGCGCUGGCGCCACCCUGCCGCGCCAGGCUAUAUCGCUUACAUACGGCGGAGCCAGGCGGGGCGCGUCGGCGGCGGCGCCCUCUGUCGCUGCUGUCGACGCUGCCGCUGGCGCCGCCGCGCGCCGGCUGGACGUCUCUGGAGGUGUCGGCGCCGCUGCGCGAGCUGCUGCUGGUGGCGGGCCGCGCGCUCGCCGUGCGCUUCGAGGCGCCGGGCGGCCGCCCCAUCCCGCCGCGCGCCUUCCUACAGCCCGAAGACCGCGCCGCCUUCCUCGUCGUCUUCUCCGACGACGUCGCGGACGAGAACCGCGUCGACGACGGCGGCGCUGACGGCGACGGCGUCGGGGGUCGAGACGGCAGCGGCGGUCGGCAGGCGACCAAAGCGGACGCCGAGGAUUUCAGGCCGAGGCACACCCACGACGUGGUGGAGAUGCUGCACGCAGCGGGUGCUGAUGUCUUCCAGUCGUCCAUCAGGGUCGCCAACAGCAGUGCCAGCACCGCUUCCAGCCCCAGCGAGCAGACGACGGCGCCGCCCUCCUGGACAAGGCACACCAGACACCGGCUCAUGCUGGAGAGCAACGCGCUCGAGCCAGAUCCGGAACCACAGCACUGGAGGCACCAGGGCUCCAGGCUGUUGGUGAAGCGCUCCAUCGAGGACAACGAGCUGCCGGAGUCCGAGGCGGAGGACCCCGAGGCGGCUGGCCCGCGCCUGUCGCCCGACCUGCUGCUGCACGCCAGGGCAUCCGCCGCGCACCAUGGCCGCGACGCUGCAGAUGCAAAUGGCGACAUUAUACCGCUACCUGGAGGCGGCCACGGCAGCGGAAAGAGGGGCCGAGGCGGAGGCGGGGGUGGCGGAGGCGGAGGAGGCGGGAAGCGGCGGCGGGGGCGCGGCAGGAAGCACGGCCGCAAGGCGCGCAGGAGGCUGCAACAGCAACAGGAGGCGGACUGGACGGACAACGUGGCGGGCAGCGAUUUGUCGGCCGUAGCGAGCAACAGCACCGCCACGUGCCGCCGCCACCGCAUGGCCGUCAACUUCGCCGACAUCGGCUGGGCAGACUGGAUCAUCGCUCCAGAGGCCUUCGACGCCUACUUCUGCGCCGGGCGGUGUCCCUUUCCCCUGCCCAACAAGCUUAAAAGGAGGCAGCGCAGGCGCAGCAGUGGCUGUUCGAGCCUGGGCUGGACGAACCACGCGUUCCUGCAGUCGCUGGUGCGGUCGCUGGGGCAGGACGAGGUGCCGGCGCCGUGCUGCGCGCCCUCUGCCCUGUCGGACCUGACGCUGCUCUACAACGACAACUCUGUGGUGGUGCUGCGUCGCUUCCCCAAGAUGACCGUGCUCUCCUGCUCCUGCCAGUAGCCUGCCCGCAUGACAAUCUGAUGUAGAGGUGGCAGGGGUAGUGACUGAGAAAGCUGUGCAGGGUCGUCUGCCCUGCAGUAUACUGCUGCAGCGGUCACAGUUUCACCUGGAGUGUGUGGGCCACAUAGCAGACUGGGGGCCACAGUGUCUGAUGCGCACAUGUGCUCGAAUAAACACGAUUUAUGUGGACCAUUACCUCGUUCUAGACUACCCGAUAUAGUAUUUGGUAGCUGAAAAAAAAAAAAAAAGGAAACAGUGUCCAAAGUCAUUGCGUUCCGUUGGACCGCUGGAACUACUGAACUGUUCCCAAAGACAUCCGGCAACGCCUUCAUUUUACUAGAAGAAGUGGAGGAUGCUGUCAGGCUAUCGAGUUGUGGUGCUGCGUUGUGCUUACUCCGAACAAUCGCUACCCUCACUGAGAAGGAAGCUAGGAUGAGUGCGCAGAAGAUGAUACUGUCCUAAGUCACGUCCAGCAUAAUAAGAUUUGAAUGAAAUACAUGUAGGCGUUCACGGAGUGUUUCCAAUGGAACAAAACUGUGCUGAUGUCAACUACAUUUCAGACUUUCCGUAAUCCAAUCCGAAAGAGCACGUUAUCUUUGCCUAUCCAAUGCAAACAACGAAAUACAUCUUUUUCCCUCGUUUCUUUCUGUUUCAGUGACAAUAAUCGUUAUUUCCAUCAACGUGUUUCAGUGAAACAAAAAUACAAAUGUUUUCCCAAUUUCAUUCAUCUUAAAAACAAUAGAAUGUGAUAAAUGGAUGGGUGCCUCCAAAUUAAACAUCCAAUGCAUUUACUUCCUACAGGUGUAUUAACAAAAUGGAGAAAAUUAAAUAGGUCUUUUGCGAUAAUUCUAUUGAAACAGAAUACUUGUGUGAUAAUAUGGCGCUGCAUGUGAAUACAUGACGAUAUAUGGCAAAUUUUACAAGAUGACUAUCUUGAAUUUCAGUUCUGUCCUUAGCGGGUUCAUGACACACACAGCACUAUUCUCUAAAAAUAUGUCAUAAUAUCGUGACUAUCUCUAGACACAGCGAGAGAGCCAGUGUAUGUGAUUCCGUACAUCACUGAAAAGAUUGUUAAAUACUGGAAGCAUACUUUUGUUUUCCACAUAACGUGAAUUAUCUCUGUGUGGUAGAACCUAGUGCAGAUACUAACUGACACUGAUUAGAACUGCCUGUUCAAUAAAACAAUAAUAGGCAAUAUAAGAAAAAGUCUUUUGCUCGCAAAGUUAUCAACCUUUGAUUACUGCAAUGUUCCUAGCGAAAAGAACAGACAUUAGGUGAACACUUUGAUAGUGAAAAAUAUUCCAUGUGUAUCUACAGGAGCAGGUUUCGCAUAAAAUGUCAUCUCCCGUGGUCGCGAGUGUCGUUUAGACAACAGGAAAAUAUCUUCAAAAACUUUGAUUCGUGUAAAUUUAUGAUUCAUUUGCGACCAUAACAUGUACCUUCUAUGCAACACUAAUUAUGUGAAGAUCAUCGAUAAUAAUCUAUGUAAUCCAUUAGUUCUCAUGGUCCAGAGCUAUUUAUUACAUAAACAUGUAAUUCAUUUACUGUAUUGAAGCAUGUUAGUACAAACUGAAAUGCGAUUGUCAGUGAAUACUGACAACGAGUUUGAUUACAUUUAUGUACAGUAGAUGUAUAGGAGCUACAGUGCCCGCAAAUGGUAACUGUUAGAAGUUAUUAUUAGUUAGUGCAUAAAAAUUUAGAUGACAUGUUUAACAUUUAUGUAAUGUUGUAUGUCGAAGUUUAAUGUAUGUUGUUAGAUCUUUAAUGGUGUCUGUUAGCUUUUUAAUAUGUUUAACAUUUAUUGCCGUUUCAAUCAUGAAAAUGUCUCUGAAAUGUAAUCAAAAUGUAAAUAGUUAGAGAAUAUCUUAUAAUUAGUCAAAUAAGUAAAGUUACUUUAGUUUAAUAUAUAAUGGAGCUGUCUGGACAUCGUCAUGUGAAAUCGUAGCAGUGACAAGUUUACAUAAUAUAUGUUACUCUCCUUGCUAAAUUAAGCAUACUUGUCUGAACAUUUCCUUAUGCUGCAGUUAGAACAAAACACUAGCUGAAAUUCUAAUUCCUUCAAAUUCUUAGAACGUUAGGUACAAUUUGCAUAAAAUUGGUUCUCUAUGUAAAUCAAACAACAGAUAAUUUCAAAUGUUCUAUUACGAUUUUGGCUUGAGUAGAACCUGUACAUUAAAAGACAAUGCAAGAUUAUAGCUUCACAUAACUAACAAAUUUGUAAAUGCAUGAAUACUUCAUUAGAAAUAGUUAUUUGUAUAUAUUAUUUUGCAACGUAAGUCUGGGAAUUCUGACCAAAAACAACAUAAGUAAUUUAAACCAAAUAAUGGAGGUAUGAUUCAAGACAGUAGACAAACAUAUGUGGUACAAUAUGAUUGUAGAUGUAAAGCAGUGAGAUGUUAACAGACGUAAAGUAGAACUUGUCGAUUAUUCCUUCUGGAUCACUGAAGAAACUGUAUCUGAUGUGUAAAAUACAAAUAAAUCCAGAUCUCUUUCUGUGCCGCAAA